CACAAGGACCCGCAAAGCAUGGAGCCUGCUGUGCUCUCACAGAGAGUUCGAUCUCCGACUGGAUGACUACAUCUUUUGGGUCAGUGCUUCCCCGAGGAUGUGAAUGGGAAAGAGUAGAAUGGGCCCGGGGGCAAGGGACGCGGGAAGAUGGAGCCCUGCUUCGAAGAGAGCGAGGAUCACGCGUUCGGAUGGUGGAGUCUUAACAAGGUGUAUAGAGCCUUCAGAGCUUGGACCAUCGCUGCCAUGGACAUUCCAAACCUCCAUCCUGGCUACCGAAGCGAGCUAUCGGAUCUUGACCCAUCAUCACCUUGCUCGCAAAGCCCUCACUGUGAUAGCGUACGGUGCUGCCAAUUCCACAUCCAAACCGAAGCUCAUCUGGCAGUGCCGCCGAGCUUCUGCCCAUCAUGAGUCUUCUAUUAGCACCGUACAACAAUGCCAUGCGCCUAGGUCAGGGUUUCAACUCCUUCACGCAACGAAUAUGCAUCGACUCGGCUGUGGUAGUGAGCCCUCAUCGGGCGGAAAAUUUUCUCACCAACGACGGCAUGACGAUGCGCACACUGGCAGAGGCAAGUGGUAUGCCCAGUCUUUGGACCACGACGGAAGAAGUGCUUCUGGACGAGUCGCGUCAAGCUGAGGCCGAGGCGGUGCGAGCUGAGCAAGUCAGAGUGAACAACGACGAAGAAGAGAAGAUGCUGCCUGGCAUGGAGCAUUUCACCUCAGAGGAAAGGCUUCCACGCGAAGAGCUCAUCCGCGCUCGAGCCAGACGAGAGGCUUCCAAAUCCGAUGUUGGAGUCUUUCCUCCUCCGCCACCAUACGAAGCGCAUCAAGCGAGCCUUGACCGAGACGCCAAAGCUCGUGCGGCCAUGAAAUCUUGGAGCGUGAAUAACGUGGGGGGUCCGAGUCAGACGGUCACCUUCACAAGUCGCUUCGUCGACAAUAUGAGUCAGGUAGUCAAAGAUAUGGGCAUAUCUGCUAGCUUGUCCAUCAAGUGCGGAACCAUUUCUGGCUCGGGACGUGGAUCGUUCAUCCAAUCCGACACCUUUGCUCAGUCUGAUCUCAAUUACUACAUCUCGGUCAAGUGCGAAAACACGUCGAUCAACUUCAAGGAUCCGCUCGAAUUUGCUCCUCUACCGCGCAGCGUCGUUCCGGACUCGGACUUUGCGGAAACGUACGGCGAUUCCUACAUUUCUGGCUUCCUCGAGGGAGGUAUCUUCGAGGCCAUCGUGUCUUUCAAAGUGCUCAAUACUGCCAAGAUGCUAGACAUCAAAGCGGCAGCCAGCGUGGCUUUCAGCAGUGGAGCACUCGACGUCAAAGCAGAAGCCUCGUUCGCCAUGGCCAAAGCGAAUCUGGCUCUGAACACCGAGACGUCGAUUACAGCAAGAUGGAGCGGAGGCGGGGUGAUCAAACCACCAGAUGAGCCUUGGACUAUCGAGACGCUGAUGAGAGCGGCAGUGCGAUUCCCUCAGAAUGUCGCCCAGUGUCCGCAGAGGACUUACGCUAUCUUGACCAAGUAUGACCAUCUCAGGAGCUACUUGGCGGACAAACCCGUCGAGCUCAGCAAACAGUCUUACGAAAACCUCACUUCCUACUCGGACGAACUGCUCGAGAUGUUCAUGGAGUACAAAGCUAUGCUGGCUCGUUGCCAAGCUGAUAUCAGAGCCAUUCUUGAAGGUACAAAACGUUUCAAGACCGCUCAAGUCUUUGCAGACGACGUCAAAGAUCCCUUUCCAGCCUCAAUUGAUGGGCUCGAGGCUGCAUGCACCGAGAUGCGACCACAGCUUGGAGCAAUAGCUGCACGCAUAGAUGAGCUCUCUCACGACGCUUCUCUGCUCAGCUCUCCAGAGAACUUCACGAGUCCCAUUGCAUUUUGGCAGCGUUUGCCCGUUGUGGAAGAUCCGGCUACUGCUGGAAAGCUCUCUUCUGCUCCUCUGACCGGCAAGAGGAUUGGUAGCGCACCGCCUCAGCGCAGCCAGCCGACUGCGGAUCCUGCACUUUCCGAAUUGUGCGAAGAGCAGCCAGAAGAGCUGGGCUUGACCAAAGAGGAGGAAGUCGCGAUGCUGGAUGCCAUGUCCAGCGGCGCACUCAGAAACGCCGAGGAUGGGACAACAGCUACGAUAAAGAUGAGCCGGCCUGUCGGCUCAAGAGAAGAUGGCGUUCCCUUCUUUGGUUUUACGUUUGCUCGGAAGCACUUGGUUGUGCAGUCCAUUGAGGCACACAUAGGUGGCGGGGCGCUUCAGAGCUUGCUCGUGACCUACUCGAACGGUCUACAGUGGCGCAAGGGAGCACCUAUCACCACCUCACACAUCAGACACGUGCUGGACGACUUCAGAGAAUCAGAAGUCAUCAUUUCGGGAUGGAUCGAGUAUGGCGCACCUGCGGACAAGUCAACCUCCGCUACCGUCACUGCUCUUGGUCUGCGGACGAGUGCUGGGCGAACAUUGAACGCCGAAGCGGUCGACCAGCUGCGCUGCGGAUACAGAUCGAGACAGCUUGACGGCAAGCUUUUCACGGAUCUGAAAAGAUUCGAAUUUGUCGCUCCUAGUGACGACGCUGCGCUUGUAGCCUUCUAUGGCACCAGCCGUGAAGUGCACGAGAGCGAGAAAUUCGAAGAGAUGGUGGAAGUCACCGACAAAGCGUCUGCCGACAAUGUGACUCCGGUUGCAAAUGACAGCAAAGAGGGCGCCAAGGCGGAUGCGGCCACCAAGCAACAGAAAGUGGAACGUGUGAUCAACAGACCUACAGGGAUCCACCGCCUCGGCUUUGUGUGGAGCGAGCCAGGCGCACAUGAGACCCGGUGCAAAUACGCAAUGAGCAAGACGCAUCUUGUGGACGCAUUGACCGACGCUGAUCCAGUCGAGCCGGCUGCUAUGGCCAGCCUCUUGCCACAAGAGCGCAGAGCCCUGCUCACGCUGGCAGCACGCAGUUUGUACAAAGGCAAGCUAGUAGGAAGAUCACUGAUCUCUCGUGCUCUUCCCGGCGCACAAGGCAAGAUCUUCAGUGACGUGGAGCUACUUCGCACCACCGCUUCGCAAGUGUAUUGGCCUACCAAAAUCACCUUUUUCUUUUCGACCUCGCAUCUGUGUGGACUUGAGAUGGGCUUUGGAAAAAUGAAGAUUGCCCGUGGAGAAUGCGAGGGACAGAAUGUUCUGCCUUUCGAAGUCAAGCUUGAGAAGACGGAGAGGGUGUCCGAGAUACGUGUCCAGCGAGGGCCCGACGGCGUUCCUUCUGGGCUACUUAUGCUUACCUCUGCAGGAAAGGCAACUCCAAUCAAUUGGACGGGAGAGGACAAGGGAGGCCAGCUAAACAAUCCUGACUCUCUUCGAGCACCGCAAGACCUCUUCUUGCAAGGCUUUUUCGGCAUCGAGAUCGAAGACCAAAUUCUCAACCUUCGCCCUAUCUGGGCUUGACGUGCACUUGUUGCGACGAAGAUGUUUGGCCCUCACUUCCGUAAUUCAUGACUUUCCGU